CGGAAAAUAGCGCCCCACCGUUGCUGACCCUGACGAUCCUUUAGUUCUCCUAUUUGAAACAACGACGACCUCUUUUCUCAAUCGCUUCCGCUCCAUUUAACGCCGGCCGUUGGAGAUUCGAUCUCAUACUCCAGCUUUUCUGCAUCCGGAUUAGGAUUCGUGGAGAAGAGGAAAAUCCAUUGCUGAAGAUAAAAAAUUGGUGGCUCGCAUCCGUGAGUUUUGUGAAGUACUCUGCCUUCUUUUAACUCGAAGGUGGAGGUAUGGCUUCGGCUGUUGUGAAUAUUGCCACUGCAGCUCUUGAUUGGGUAGCUGUGGCUUUCGAUGCUCCGUUUGCUGGGGCAGUGGUCUUUGGGGUUCAUAUAAAUGGGCAUCUUGUUGCUGAAGUGCUCCUCAUCGCUGUCCUACUGUUCCAACUCACAAGAAAGAGUUAUAAGCCUCCGAAGAAACCACUUACUGAAAAGGAAAUAGACGAUCUUUGUGAAGAAUGGGUCCCCGAACCUCUUCAUCCACCUAUCACCAAGGAAAUGAAAGUUGAGCCUCCAACUAUAGAAAGCGCUGCAGGACCACAUACAAUAAUUGAAGGAAAGGAAGUUGUGAACUUUGCCUCGGCAAAUUAUCUAGGAUUAAUAGGCAAUGAAAACAUUAUUGAUUCAUGUGUUGCUUCCUUAGAGAAAUAUGGUGUCGGUUCUUGUAGUUCUCGUGUCUUCUACGGAACAACUAAUGACCACAUUGAUUGUGAGACAAGAAUCGCCAAGUUCAUGAGCACCCCAGAUUCAAUCCUAUACUCUUAUGGCAUCUCAGCCAUUUUCAGUGUUAUACCGGCAUUUUGCAAGAAGGGAGACAUCAUUGUUGCAGAUGAAGGUGUUCACUGGGGUGUGCAAAAUGGUCUUCAUCUCUCCAGAAGUACUGUUGUUUACUUCAAGCACAAUGAUAUGGCAUCACUUGAGAGCACUCUGGAGAAAUUGACUAAUAAGAAAGCAGAAAAGGUCAGACGCUAUAUUGUUGUGGAAGCAUUGUACCAGAAUUCUGGUCAAAUUGCUCCAUUGAAUAGUAUCGUGCGGCUAAAGGAGAAGUACCAUUUUCGGGUAAUAUUGGAAGAAAGCCAUUCCUUUGGUGUACUUGGAAACACUGGCCGAGGUCUUACUGAGCAUUAUGGAAUUCCAAUUGAGAAGAUCGAUAUAAUAACUGCUGGUAUGGGAAAUGCAUUGGCAACUGAUGGGGGCUUUUGCACUGGAAGUGGCAGAGUAGUUGAUCACCAACGAUUGAAUGGCUCUGGGUAUGUGUUCAGUGCAUCUUUACCGCCAUAUCUCGCAAAUGCUGCCAUUGCUGCAGUGAAUUACUUGGAGGAUAAUCCAUCAGUCCUCACGGUGUUGAGACGUAACAUUUCUCUAGUAUGGGAAGGCUUGUCAGAUGUACCAGGAUUGACAAUGGCAAGUGAUCCACUGUCUCCUAUUGUCAUCCUAAAAUUGAAAAAUUCAACAGGAUCCUUAAAAAGUGACUUGGAACUCCUUAAUAAGAUCGUCGAAAGGGUACUGGUGGAGGAUUCUAUUCUCAUUGUGAGCACGAAAAGGUCGGUUCUCGAUAAAUGCCGCCUUCCUGUGGGCAUACGUUUGUUCGUCUCUGCAGGCCACAAUGAAUCUGACAUUAAGAAAGUUUCCGAGUCUUUGAGAAGAGUAGCAUGUGAAAAUUGGCCAGAUAUAGCUUGAAGUCUUUGAACAGUGCUGCUUUGAAUGGAGAAAAGAGGGACUUUUCAUAGCAAACUUUUUUUUUUUAAAAAAUGACAAAUUUCUAGACACAAUUAUUAAAUUAGGACAAGUAGAUUAAAUGGUUAUUGAAAUGCUGAAUUUGGAUGUCUUAUUGAAGUAAUUAUUAUGUAAUUGGAUAGAUGUAAUGGUACUUUGGCUGGAUAAAAAUAUAUAUAUAUAUUUUUAAAAA